CGCCAUCUUGUGCUGAAGGUUGUGCAGGAGUGCUCGGGUGGUCAGCGAAAUGUUGUUUUUAGAGUGUUUUACCGCAAAUUCUUAACAUAUCUGUUGCGUGUAGGUUUUAAUCUACUAGAAGAAGUGUCGUCGGCAACGAGUAGUUCCGACACGGGGUGCCCGUAUAGAAUUUAGAUGUAAAGUGUCUGGGGCCCAGUGCGUGGCUGAGCAGCCCGAGGCAGGCAGGCGGCAAUGCCACUGGUGCAGCGGCUGAUCGAACCUGUGCAUGUGUCCCGGGGCACCUUGCCCCUGGAUGCAAGAGGUGCUCCUGCAGUACAGGUUCCUAGUGAGCUUGAAUGUGUGACCAACGGCUCCUUGGCCAAUGUCGUGCGGCAGCUCUCGUCGCUGUCCAAGCAUGCACAUGACCUCUUUGGCGCCCUGUUCCAAGAUGCCACAGCCCUGGUCACUCGAGCGGCAGCCCUCCAGGAGAGAGUUGACCGGCUUGCUCUCAAGGUCACCCAGUUGGAUUCGACGGUUGAAGAAGUGUCGCUGCAAGACAUACACAUGCGCAAGGCAUUCCGCAGCUCCAUAGUGUAUGACCAGCAAGUGGUGUGUCGAGGGACUAUGCCAGCGGGCAUGCUCGAGAUGUACCAAGCAUGUGACAAGCCACCACCCCUGGACAAGCUGAAUCCAUACAGGGAUGAUGGUAAAGAUGGUCUCAAGUCAUACACAGACCCCGGCUACUUCUUUGAGCUCUGGAGGCGGGAAAUGCUCAAGGACACAGAAAGGAUCAUGCUUGACAGGGGCAAGAAACUGGUGCAUUCCAAGGACGGAGCUGAGCCCAACCGAGUUCGGCCCGAAGGCAAGAAGCACAAGAAGGUGCGGCAACCCCACAAUACCAGGGAACGCUACCGCCAGCUGGCCACAACGCAGGAGUUUCUGGACCACACGCCCAUCUAUGGGACCACCACUCCGUACAACAAUGCCAGGGGACCUGCGCCAGGGGUGCCCCUGCCUCACGUUCCGCUGCAACAGCAGCCGCAGGCACCGCCUGCCACGCUGCCUGAUGGGCCUGUGCGCCCUAGCAGCCUUGAGCUGGCACCUGGCGCCCAUUAUCCGCCUCCCCCGCCUGCCUACUCGGAGCACGUACCGCCACAGUCGCCGAACCACUACCCACCACCACCACCUUACGUGGAGCAGCAGCCUGCACCCUCGCCAGCCAAUGGAAAUGGAACGCCGUCACGCAGGCCUCGCCCCAGUCAGCCACCUCCAGCCCCGCCCACUGCAGGCUCCGUCUCCAGUGGGACUUCUUCGCCAAGCAUCACUGGAGGCACUCCAUCAAGUGGGGCCAGUCGCCAUCGGACGGCGAGCCAAAGGGAAACCCUUCCACCACCACCGCCACCUCCCGAGGCUGGGGGCCCCAUUGUCCCCUGUGCUGUGGAGGCUCCGCCACCUCCAGUGCACCAGGCCAGUGUGGACAACGGAGCCGACAACAUGGAACUUCCCCCGCCACCGCCGGCACCAGAUGCUGCGAUGGACUCUGCAGUGGGAGCUGGUGUGGCCGUGGCUCCACCUCCUCCGCCACCGCCCCUGCCUCCGCCCAAUGGGGUCACGGCAGCCCCGGCAAUGGUCAAUGGAGGCCUGUCCAACGGCAUGUUGGCCGAGUCUGAGAGCUCUGGCUCAAGCAAAGGGGGGGUCCAGAAGGAAGAAAGGGCAGCGCCUGCCCCCGUGAAAGGAACAACUCCGGCACCGCCGGUGGAUCCCAGAAGCGACCUUUUGGCUGCAAUCAGAGAAGGCAUCAAGCUACGGCGAGUAGAAGACUUCAAGCAGAAGCAGGUGGAGAAAGCAGCACAACCUCAUGAUGUGGCUUCCAUUUUGGCCAGGAGGGUGGCCAUUGAAGUGUCGGACUCUGAUUCCGGCUCAGACAGCGAGUAUGAUAGUGACUGGGACAAUGAGACAGAAUGCUGAGGGGCACAGUGAAGAUGGUUUGUCGUCAAUGCUGUGGGGAGGUCACUCGUCGCAGCUGCCCAUAGAUGAUGGGGAGGGAGAGCUGCCUGUGCAUUUGCUAGUCUGGUGUGGCCACAAGUCUUUCCUGAGGUGUGCGUGCUUCACCGAAAGAGCUGCUCAGGUUGAAGUGUGUGGCGGAUAACUCGUUCAGUAUUCUUAACGUUCUCUGCCUGGUGCUUGGCAGCGGUUUUAUUUUGUGUCGCCCUGUGCAUUAUUGGGUUAUUGGCCUCCUUAUGACAAGGGCGAGAACAGUGAAGGAAACCGAUCCCAUUCCAAAAUUUCUAUUACGCCUGCGUACGCAGAAAUGGUGGCUCGUCGAUAAGAGCCGUCAUGCAACUCUAUUACAAAUGCUCUUCUCAUAGCAGCGUGCUCUCUAAGCUGCGGGAAAGUAACUGCAAUAUGUUGAUGCGUUUGUGCGAGAAUGUGUUGCUCCGCUAUCUCUCUGCCGAGGGCGUGUCUUAGUGUUUUUAUCAUUUGCGCUUCUCAGUUUUAACACUUUUUAAAGGCAUAGUAUCGAAAGCAUGUCACUGAGUAAGCAAAAACUAAUCUUUGCAUAAUCAAGUAUUCAGGUGUUCAGUGGUGCAAGAAAUCAUCUGGCCUCUCUCCAGCUUCGAUGUUGAAAAAAUGCUGUCUUGGUCGUGGUUUUUAAGUGCAACAUUACCUCUCCAGAAUGCCAAAGAUAGGUUGGAGUUGCCAUCUUUAUUUUAUUUUUUUUAGCUUAGGUUUCAUUUUUAAUGCUACUUUUAAAAUUAUCACCCCCCUGCCCUAAUUGCUUGUGCGUCAGCCAUGAUGGAAUGCAUUGAAAUAGGAUCAUGUGACAUGUGGUGUUUACAUAGCACUGCUGUGGUCUGCACUAAGUUGUCCUGGAACAUUGAGGUGCCCUCUUUUUAAUUUCUUUUUAAACGUUGAAGGUGUGUGAUUGAUAGUUGGGCACGCUUACAAGUGUUCCCAAGUAAUGAAUUUUCCGUUUAUGGGACUGCGACAGCAGUCUCGGUAGUGCAUGGCAGGGAAGCGGUGUUGUGUUAUGGAACAGGCUGUGAGCGUGCUACCUAUCCAACAGCAGUUAUGGCCUCAUGUUGUGUGGGAGUCUGGAGGGUCGCUGGGCAGAUAUGGAGUUGCGGCAUACAGGAGCAGAGUUAAGCGUAAUGUGCCCUUCCAUUCACUGAGCAAUGUCAUGUGGUUUAAAAGCAACCAGGCUCUGAGGAGGAGCCUAGAUGGCCAUCACCUUGCUGAAGUUAAGCAACUUGUUUGCUUACAAAGCUGCUUUCAAAUUUGUUUUCUUUUUUUGUUUGUUUGAUGUGAAUGGUAUUUAAAUUUUUUGUUUGUUGCCAUUUGUAGUUUAGCUGAUUGGUAUGUUCCAACAGAUGGCGCCAUUGUACCUUGCAUGACGAAGGAUACUGUGUUAGGCUAAGUCUCAGCAUGUGCACCAGGAUGCAGUUGCCGACUUAUUUUUUUGGACACAAAGGAGAGUGUAAAAUAUCCGAUAACCAGGCAGAUAAAAAAAAAGUUUGAAGCAACGCGUCACUUUUUUUUUUUCAUGUCCACAGUACAAAAAGCUUUUGAUUUAUUCCUAGUGCAAUGCUUUAUUGAAAUUCUGUAAUAUCCAAGGCCACGGGGUUGUAUUGCGUUUGUCCAUUGGUUCAGUAGUAGUGCAUUUGUAUGCCAGCCUGAUGUGUGUUGUGCAUUGUCACCAAGUACGGAUGUUGCUUACGACCUUUUUGAUUGCACAACAGUGGCAGUUUAAGCUGUGUUGCACUAAACAAGUUUGGAGGUUUAUAUUUACGCAUCAGAGUUCACUGUUGAAGCCUUUUAACGCUCAGACUAACUUUGUAGGCACUUCCAGAGCUCCUGGCUAUUUGCUCGCAGGCCUGAGCACCACUUCUGUUGCUGUCACUUAAGUCUGUGUGCUUGAAUUGAAGGCCAGUCACCAUUGGCAACUACUGGUACAAUGUAUUAGCAGCAACUUUCUGUGGAAGCUUGCCUUUUGCCAUCAGGCUGAUUGGCGGCUAAUUUUGGCAUGGCUGCAGUGACUAAGUUUGCAAGUCUAACCAGAGCACUUUUGUUGGGAGCUGGUAACCACAAGUUAAGAUUCAGUGCCAAGUCAAAGAUCUUGUUAAAGCAGCCAGCAUUGGAAAGCCAAGAAAUGUUGCCAAGGAAGGCAGGAGCUUAGGCGACAACCUAAAUGGUGGAAACUUUGUUCCCAGUCGCCGUGUUUGCGACGUUGCACAUGCAGAUGAUAUUAGAAAAAUUUUCCAUGCCAUCUGAAAUUGUCAUUGAAUUGCUGUAUUAUGUUGGCUCUAAAUAUUGGGUGGAGGUGCCAAGGGUAGGUUAAUAGUCACUCAUGUGAGGAAAUUUGGCAGUUGAAAAAGCCCACGGGCGACUGUGUUGCAAAGAGAUUAAGCAACUACCGUUGAUCCAAUGUGUUCAGUUUGAAGUGAUGAUAGCUAAAGCACCCUAGAUUAAUAGGUUAAAUGUGCUGUCUUUAUUGCUGAUGUUGUGUCGAGCCUGAGUCCUCCCAAGCAUGGAAAGUGUUGUUUUCCCUCACAGCUGUGUUCACUUUGGUGCACAUGAUGUUAGACUUUCACGUAACUCUGCCCCCUUUUUGUUGCUUACGUAGCAAUGCUGGUAAUGUGGACAUCAGUGUGUCUUGUUGGAACAAAGAAGAUAAAUGCACAUAGCAUGAUUUCUUUAGGAACACUAGCUCAGGAAAGUGACAUGCAGAAAUGGGAGUGGUAAGAGUAUAUUUCAUUUUGUUUCAAGCGGGUGCCAUUCCUGCGCCUAUUCUUGCAAAUCACCGAACCGAAUAUGUAUUAUGGGUCGAUCACUUUCGAGGACACUUGUUACUUUGCCUGAUAACAUCCAGGGCAGUAGUACCUCUUUGGUGUUACGAAUAUCCUGUCCACUGGUUUAUCUAAUGAAUGUGCGUUGGAAGUGUCAUUCCUGAAAGUGAUCAACCAAGAAUUGUGGCCCCCUAGGGCCACACACAAGGUUCUCACAGGAUGACGAAAUUGGCUGUGCAUCGGAAUGUGAAGUAUAUUAGACACCAUUCACGUGAAUGUAAUUUUAAGUCUGUGUUUGUAGCACAGGGCUUGGGAAAAUGUGAGAAGCACCCCGGAUUGUGAAGCGGCUGCCUGUGAACUGUUAUCCUGUUCAUGCAUUGUCUCUGCUUGUGAGCAUUGUGACAUAAGAGAGAAGACCUUUGCCAACCUUGUCACGCUUCCACUGUCGCAAUGUGCAACACCACUUUGUGUUCCAAGUAUGUGGAGAAGCCCACUUGCAGUCGCAUGUGGCGUAAGAUUGGGCUUCUCUUACUCAGAUGCUGGGUGGCAGUCUAGUUGGAUUCGUAGCACAGAUUUGAAUGCUAUAUGAAGUGCAAUCUCCGGCUGCAAAGAGAUGGAAAAAAAAAAAAAAAACGGAAACGUUGGCUAUAUUUGUGCAGACAUAGUUCAUUUGGAUAGCACAACUUGUUGCACUGAGGGAUGAAUCGUUUGUUUCAAUUUGGCUCAGCUGCAAUUGAUAGCAACUCAAAAAGCAGUCCAUCCUGCUCCUGCCUGUAACGUAACAAUUGUAAGGCCUUCCCCUACUUGAGCUGUGUUGUCCAAUCUUGCCAUCUGGAGGUUUUGGUCUGUGUUUUGAUGUCUACCCAGUGACAGCAUUUAUGGUUAUGUCUUGAAUGCAGUGUUGCACGCACACCUGUAGCGUUGAACACAGUCUCUCUGCUGUAUGGGGCGUUUUUAGCUUUCUUUUUCUUCAGUUUGCGAUACCCUGUGCCAAACAAAGCCCCAGUGCAGGGCAGGCGAGUGUUGUAUGCCAAAUCAUUUUAUUCCUUUUAGUGACAUACUUCAGUUUUGUUAAUUCACCCUGUUGCAAUUCUUUCACUUUUGUUUUUUUCACCUGUUGCAAUCUUGACAUUGGAUGGGUGCAAAAGCCUGUUUCACAUGCUACAUCUCCUGUAUUGGCUGCGAUAACUCAUUUUCUUCGGCUGUGGCCAUGGUGUAUCGUACAAGCAUGCAUUCACUGCUGGGGAGAAUGGCAGUUGGUGCGGCGGUGCAUGCUUGGAAGCUGUAAAUGUAGAAGAAAUGUUUUGCUUAGCUGUGCCCUUUGUAAGACCAAUUAGCUUUGAAGAAUAGCAGUAUGUGAAACAGGCUUUAGCCAGAUUCUGUUUAAUCAGGUGUCCCAACACUGUUGAUACACAUAGUUACUGGCAUGUAUGGUUAAAGGGUGACAAGCGGCUAAAAAAGAAAUGUUGUAGGAGUUGGUUCUUUAGGCUUCCUGCAUCGGCUUUCUUCUUUUCAAGUCGUGGCAAGCUUGAAGGUAAAAUGAUUUUCCCAUUGCAUGAGGGAACCCCUAGUGUCAACCUGAGCGGCUGCAUAGCUGCCUCUGAUGUCUUUGUCAGGCCCUAACACUACUAUUGCUCAAGAGAUGGCUGAAGCAUGGGUAUUGCCGCAGCUGUCUCAUGCGUGCCUAUUUGCGAGAGCUGGCUUACAUCUUGAACCUUGUGCUAUGUUUUUUUAUUUGUGUCUUACUUGAGGAAGCCACUGCUAGUAGCUUCUGUGAUCGAGUCCAUCCGGGUCGCCCGCUGGCAUGUUCUUGGGGGUGUUUUAUAAUUUUUUGCUGGAGUGACUGCUUUUCGAUGCAUCGGGCAUGCCCGGCACUGGGCGUGGAGGUCCCAGAGGUUUGCAAAGUUGAUCAAGCACCAGUGAUGAUUUUGCACUUAGUAAUAGCUUUGGUCGCAGUGUUCAGUUGGAGCUGUCAUCUUGCACGCAUUCCACUGGUUGCCCCUGACAGGGCACUUGGAACGGUACAGUCACUGCUCACUGCAGCCCAUAAUUGGUCAACAAGGAGGAAAGCAGACCUCUUUGUCAUAAGCUGGCUCUGGCAUGGAAACGCCAAGCUGUGCGAGGUGUCCCCUUGCGUUUUCCAGUGGUCACGUGUCGGCACUUGCAUACUUAAGUGUAUCCUGUAAUCUGGGGUCGAUGCAUUCCCCGGGACGUUGCUUCUGUGAAGCCAACGCUGACAGCGACGUGUGGAUGUGUGUGUGCGAAGAAAAAGCCGAGCGUGAGUUGCUUCCAGCGACGGGAAGAAGGUGCAGCAAGUGCGCGUCAAUCUUCGCCAGUGAUGCGGGACUGUGACCAUGCUUGUCGAGUGCUGAGCACAUCUUGUGUGUGCAAUGCCGUUGCCAUGUGAUAUGUGUGUUGUCGCACCAGGCAGAUGCCCAUGUGGAUUUUAAAGCAAGACGUCCACUUGAGAACGGGCCAGUGUUAGAGGGGGUAAUAAUGGCUUUGGUGUCCCGGCUUGGGCGCUGUAUAUAGGAACCUGUAGAUACAAGAACAGUGAGAGUUUUAUAUUUUUGGAGCAGGAAUAGUGUCUGGCUAUCCUCUUCACACGUGGAAAAGCAAGAAAAGAAGAAAAAAAUAACCUCAAUUUGUAUACCUGAGACUGUGCGUCAACACUAGUUUUGAGUUUUCUGUGUGGGCAAUUAGCGUUGUGUAAGCAACAAGACGGACUCACCCCCGUUUUUCACUUUGUCACUAAUUUUUCUAGAUCACCUGUACAUGUCAAGCCCCUGAAACUAGAAAAAAAAAUGCUGUUUUAUUUUAUACAUAUAUAUAAAUAUAUAUAAUUAUAAAUAUGAAGAUAUGAAAAAAGUAUAUAUAUAUAGCUACGUAAGUGUUUUCUACAAUGCUUUGGUUUUCAAGCCCGAGGCAAGCUUUACCAUCGUCAGUCUGUGUCUCGUGCCGCAGUUCGGGGCACUUUUGUAUAGAUAACGAAUAAAGAGAUGGCUAAACAAGCA